UCUUUAUUUCAGACUUGGAUUUAUGAACAUUUCCCUGAUAUUUGUAAACGGGAUAUGGAUGAGCAUAUUUCCUCGAUGCCACGGAUGUUUCGUUGGACGGCAAAACAAACAUCUGGGAAUGUGGCAUAUUACAGGGCAAAGUUGGAUGCUUUGAGGGAUACGGAUAUUAUCUGGGCACCAGAUUACGAUCAGAACGCUGUGACACGAUUUCAGUCUGUGUCAUUAUUUACAGGAUACAUUCGUUGGUGUUUCACGAUGGUUCCGUAUUUACCUGAGAGGUGCAUACGACAGUUUGGGUAUACUCAACACAUUCCUCCUACACCACCGAUGCUUGUUGCACGUGAUGUCGACGUUGAAUGGAGUAUGUACCGGAAUUCUGUACGAUCACUUCGAGCUAGAUUGCAUCCAGCUGCAUAUCCACAUGAGUGUGUUGAGGGAUACAUCCAGUGGUAUUAUAGGAUAUCUCAUCCUCGGAUGAUCCCUUAUGUUGCUGCAUAUGCUGGUCCUAGUUAUGAUGCUGAUGCUGGUCCUAGUCAUGAUGCUGGUCCCGAUACUAGUUGUACACGGUGUCACGCAGUUGGUGGUCUUAUACAACAGAGUUUAGAUUUGCAUAUGGGUGGUCCUGAAGAUGAGAUGCGUGUCUUAUUGGAGAGAGCUUUAUAUAUUUCUAGAGGAGGAGAUUAUCAAUAGUAUCAUAGUUGUAUUAUUCAAACUUAUUUUAUUAUUCGUGGGUUAUUUGUUAUUCAGACUUAUUGUAUUAGCGACUUAUUCAGA